AAAAAACUUCACAGUGACACUUACAUUCACCCCAAAAAAAGUAAAAAAAAAAUAGUCAGGAUUACAAAAGUUAUAUUUCCAGAUAAUGGUACAAAAUUUUUUCGAUUUAUAAUGCUGUUGCCAUUAAAGAACCCAAAGACCGUUGAAAGCGAGGUGAACCCGAAUGUGACGCUACUGAAGCGCCAGAUCGCCGAGGAUGGAACCAAAACACAGGCACUGUUACUUCAAGCGUUCCGCUUCGAGUUGCCUAGUGACGCCAAUGCAUCUCCACUCCUCCAGGAUCAGUUCCAGCCACAGUCAGUCAGCAGGAGGCAUUAAGCCCGCUUUGGCAUCACUAGAUCCACCUAAAACACCCAAUAGCAUCGAGAAAACAAAGAAAUCCGGGGGAUUUCUCUCUUUUUUGUUUGGCAAACGAGACAGGCGGGCGAGGAAUCAGAGUGAGACAAAUGGAAACCAUAUCUCAUUGGAGGAUCAUGAUGUCAGGAAGCUUAUACGUCUCUAUAGCAAGCAUAAUAGCCUUUACAACCGCCAUAAUCGCUACUAUGGUAACAAAGAUAUCGACGAUGACUGCUACAACAGAAUGGUGCGCUCAUUUCCGGGAAGAAGCGUCUCGGAACUGAGAUCCUGUCUGGAGGAGCUAAGGACGCUCUUUGAGCGGGAAUACACCAUUAUCGAACGUGCUCGAAGGAAGUGUGGAGAGAUAAUGAGUCCUUCAAUUCGCUACUAUAAUGAAUUUCUUUUCCUGGUGCCACAUCUUAAUAUACACUUCGACAAGGAUCUUCCUGCCAGUGGAACUAGCCCACUCGCCGCCGGAAAACUUUUGCAAAAUCCGAUAGCCAACCCAGAGAUGUUGUGCCAAAAGUUGACCAAUUUCACGGAUUUUCCUCUGGCCGGUUUUCCCGGCAAUCUACUAACCAAGAGGCCCAAAAAAGACCCCCAAGACCGGCCAAACAAGAAGAUCAAACCAAUUCCUGAUCAAGAAAAUGCGAAGCAAGAAAAUCCCAUAGAGCAGGAAAUUCAGGAGGCAGAAAAAGUCGCUGAUCAUGAAGUUUCGGUAGAAGAGAAAAUCAGCGGGUUGGAGGAUCAGGAACAGAAAGACGCACUCUCUCCAUCGGAGCAGAAGAACAUACAAAACAGUAAGGAUAAAACCAGUCAUCAUCAUUCCAAUUGCAAGAUGUCCAGCCAUGAGAAGGAUUUAGUAUCCACCAAUUUGACCUGUCCCUGCAAGCCGGAAGUGGAAUCCUCACAAAGCCCAGUUUCCUGCCCCUGGAUAGCCGAAAAUUCAAAGUGUGAACCCCCGUGUCGGGAAACACCACCACAAUCUACGCGAAAUUCCGUAUCCAGUCCGCAAAAUUCAGAUAUUUCUGAAUCCAGCAAAGAACCGGCUCACUUGAUGGAGAAGGAACCAUCCGGUCAGGAAUCCGCGAAUAGCCAGCAAGUGCAGAUGCUUUGCGAUAUGAUACGUACCGAGCUAACCACUGCUCCCGAUUUUAUAUUCUUCGAUGCCAAGUGGCGGAUCAUCGAGAUUCUGAGAGAGGUGCACAAGCGCCAAUUGGUUCACCAGAAGGCCAUUCCACUCAACAAUACACGCCGACCGAUUCCGCCGCAAAAACGAAAACCGGGUGAGCCCAAUCAGAUGCUUAAGAAUCCAAAAUGCAUGUCGGAUAGGAGUGCCCACGAAAAGGGACAACAGAGGAUGUGCGAGCAUCACAAGGGCAGCCAUUGCACCUACUGCUGCCGGAACAACAACUGAAGUGGAAACCAAAACCCAUCCACCAGCAUCCAUCGCUAUCAGCAAUAGCCGUGACCCACUUAACCAAGUGAUAAGCCAAUCCGAGCGCAAAAGCAAAGCCACUUUCUCUCCGUCGCAAAAGCAGUUACAUCUUGAAGCACCAUGGAUGUGGACGAACUGAUCAGCAGCUCCAAGCUACUCAAGCAUUGGCCAAGUUUAUUUAUCACUCUGGCGCUGAUAUGGAUCGUAAAAAGAUUGUUUUUUAAAGGGAAUCGCGUAUUAAAAACAUAUAAUUUAGAUGAACAAGUCGAGGAGGAGGUUGAACACUUUGCCGAUCUUGGCGAUGAACUGCAACCGGCUCUGGAGGAUAAGCCCCAUGUGCCCUUCGUUCCCGGCCAGAAUCUCAACCCUAAUGGAGCCAAACGCUUAUAUGAACUCAUGCGUGGACGCCGUAGCAUUCGCUCCUUUAAUAGCCAUCCCAAACCGGAUCUCAGCGUGAUAGAGGACUGCAUUCGGGCGGCGGGAACAGCUCCCAGUGGCGCACACACAGAACCCUGGACGUACUGCGUCGUACAGGAGCCGGAACUCAAGCGAUCCAUUCGGGAAAUUGUGGAACAGGAGGAGCUGGUCAACUACAGCCAGAGGAUGCAUCCGCAGUGGGUCACCGAUCUGCGACCCCUGCAAACCAAUCAUGUCAAGGAGUAUCUCACCGAGGCGCCGUACCUUAUACUGAUCUUCAAGCAGACCUAUGGAUUGUCGGAGAAUGGAAAGCGAAUGAGGAGGCAUUACUACAACGAGAUAUCCACUUCGAUUGCGGCCGGUAUCCUUUUGUGUGCCCUUCAAGCGGCAGGACUCGCAUCGCUGGUCACCACUCCUUUGAACUGCGGUCCAGCCUUGAGAAACCUGCUCGGGCGACCCGUCAAUGAAAAAUUACUCAUCCUACUGCCCGUUGGUUAUCCGAAAGAUGGAUGCACAGUUCCCGACUUGGCGAGAAAGAAUUUGUCAAAUAUUAUGGUUACUUUUUAAGGUUUAUUUACGUCCGUGCAGCUUACGAAAUAGUUCAAUAAAACCAAACUAAAAUUUAUGGU